UCCCGCUAAAGGAAGUGGGACGGGGGCUGUUCUAAGAGGAACUAGGGCUGGGAGUCUGGUGCAGGAGCAGGACCAGGGCCAUGCCCGAGCCGCCCCCCGGAGCACCCUGAGCCUCUACCCCCGCCACGACCCAUCCAGUCCCUCCCCAGAGGCCUGACAGGACACCCCCCCCCACCAUGCCACCAGAGCCCCAGGCACACUCUGUCCCCCUGGACCUGGCAUCACGGACUCCUGCGUGACAGUGGGACACUAGGUGGAGGGUUGGGAGGACAGAGCCCCCUCCUCUGGGGCAGGGAGCCCAGACUCCAGUGCGCCCACCUCUCCUGGUGUCCCCAUAUCGGAGAAGGAGGCUGGCAGGUGGCUGAGGGGAGGCAGAAUCGGAAGGCAGUGAUGGAGGGCAGCAAGGAGCGCUUCCACUGGCAGAGCCACAACGUGAAGCAGAGCGGCGUGGACGACAUGGUGCUGCUGCCCCAGAUCACCGAGGAUGCCAUCGUGGGCAACCUGCGCAAACGCUUCAUGGACGACUACAUCUUUACCUACAUUGGCUCCGUGCUCAUCUCCGUAAACCCCUUCAAGCAGAUGCCUUACUUCACUGACCGCGAGAUCGACCUCUACCAGGGCGCGGCUCAGUACGAGAAUCCCCCGCACAUCUACGCCCUCACGGACAACAUGUAUCGCAACAUGCUCAUCGACUGUGAGAACCAGUGUGUUAUCAUCAGUGGAGAGAGUGGAGCUGGGAAGACCGUGGCAGCCAAAUACAUCAUGGGCUACAUCUCCAAGGUGUCUGGCGGGGGCGAGAAGGUCCAGCAUGUGAAGGAUAUCAUCCUGCAAUCAAACCCACUGCUGGAGGCCUUCGGCAACGCCAAGACCGUGCGCAACAACAAUUCCAGCCGCUUUGGCAAGUACUUUGAGAUCCAGUUCAGUCGUGGCGGGGAGCCGGACGGGGGCAAGAUCUCCAACUUCCUGCUAGAGAAAUCCCGGGUGGUCAUGCAGAACGAAAACGAGAGGAACUUCCACAUCUACUAUCAGGUGCAAGGAAAGGGCCGUGAGGCUGGGGCCGAGGGAGAGCCAAGGGGAGACGGUGGGAGGCUGCUGGAAGGAGCCUCCCAGGAGCAGCGACAAAACCUGGGACUCAUGACCCCCGACUACUAUUACUACCUCCAAUCGGACACCUACAAGGUGGAUGGCACCGACGACCGGAGUGACUUCAACGAGACUUUGAAUGCCAUGCAGGUCAUCGGGAUCCCGCCCAACGUCCAGCAGCUGGUCCUGCAGCUGGUGGCGGGAAUCUUGCACUUGGGAAACAUCAGCUUCUGUGAGGAUGGGAAUUACGCCCGGGUAGAGAGUGUGGACCUGCUGGCCUUUCCCGCCUACCUGCUGGGCAUCGACAGUGGGCGGCUGCAGGAGAAGCUCACCAGCCGUAAGAUGGACAGCCGCUGGGGUGGACGCAGCGAGUCCAUCGACGUGACCCUCAAUGUGGAGCAGGCAGCCUACACCCGCGACGCCCUAGCCAAGGGGCUCUAUGCCCGUCUCUUUGACUUUCUUGUGGAGGCCAUCAACCGCGCUAUGCAGAAGCCCCAGGAGGAGUACAGUAUCGGUGUGCUCGACAUCUAUGGCUUUGAGAUCUUCCAGAAAAACGGCUUUGAGCAGUUCUGCAUCAACUUCGUCAAUGAGAAGCUGCAGCAAAUCUUUAUCGAACUCACCCUGAAAGCUGAGCAGGAGGAGUACGUCCAAGAGGGCAUCCGCUGGACCCCCAUCCAGUACUUCAACAACAAAGUGGUCUGCGACCUCAUUGAAAACAAGCUGAGCCCCCCGGGCAUCAUGAGCGUCCUGGACGACGUGUGCGCCACCAUGCAUGCCACCGGCGGCGGCGCCGACCAGACCCUGCUGCAGAAGCUGCAGGCGGCCGUGGGCACCCACGAGCACUUCAACAGCUGGAGCUCCGGCUUCGUCAUCCACCACUACGCCGGCAAGGUCUCCUAUGAUGUUAACGGUUUCUGUGAGCGGAACCGGGACGUUCUCUUCUCUGACCUCAUAGAGCUGAUGCAGACCAGUGAGCAGGCCUUCCUCCGGAUGCUCUUUCCUGAGAAGCUGGAUGUGGACAAGAAGGGCCGCCCCAGCACAGCUGGCUCCAAGAUCAAGAAACAAGCCAAUGACCUGGUGGGCACGCUGAAGAGAUGCACCCCCCACUACAUCCGCUGCAUCAAGCCCAACGAGACCAAGAAGCCCCGUGACUGGGAGGAGGGCAGGGUCAAGCACCAGGUGGAGUACCUAGGCCUAAAGGAGAACAUCAGGGUGCGCCGGGCUGGCUUCGCCUACCGCCGCCAGUUCUCCAAGUUUCUGCAGAGGUACGCCAUCCUGACCCCUGAGACGUGGCCCCAGUGGCGCGGGGAUGAACGUCGGGGGGUCCAGCACCUGCUCCGGGCGGUCAACAUGGAGCCGGACCAGUACCAGAUGGGGAGCACCAAGGUCUUUGUCAAGAACCCCGAGUCGCUCUUCCUUCUGGAGGAGAUGCGAGAGCGCAAGUUCGAUGGCUUUGCCCGCACCAUCCAGAAGGCCUGGAGGCGCCAUGUGGCAGUCCGGAAGUACGAGGAGAUGCGGGAGGAAGCUUCCAACAUCCUGCUGAACAAGAAGGAGCGGAGACGGAACAGCAUUAAUCGGAACUUCGUCGGGGACUACCUGGGGCUUGAGGAGCGGCCGGAGCUGCGUCAGUUCCUGGCCAAGAGGGAACGCGUGGACUUCGCCGACUCGGUCACCAAGUAUGACCGCCGCUUCAAGCCCAUCAAAAGGGACUUGAUCCUGACGCCCAAGUGUGUGUAUAUAAUCGGACGGGAGAAGGUGAAGAAGGGACCAGAGAAGGGCCAGGUGCGUGAGGUCCUGAAGAAGAAGCUGGAGAUCCAGGCCCUCCGGGGAGUUUCCCUCAGCACGAGGCAGGACGACUUCUUCAUCCUCCAAGAAGACGCCGCCGACAGCUUCCUGGAGACCGUCUUCAAGACCGAGUUCGUCAGCCUCCUGAGCAAGCGCUUCGAGGAGGCGGCGCGGAGGGCGCUGCCCCUCACCUUCAGCGACACACUACAGUUCCGGGUGAAGAAGGAGGGCUGGGGCGGAGGUGGCACCCGCAGUGUCACUUUCUCCCGUGGCUCCGGCGACUUGGCGAUACUCAAGGCUAGCGGCCGGACCCUCACAGUCAGCGUGGGCGACGGGUUGCCCAAAAGCUCCAAGCCUACACGGAAGGGAAUGGCCCAGGGAAGACCUCGAAGGUCAGCGCAGGCCCCUACCCGGGCAGCACCGGGGCCUCCCAGAGGCCUGGGCCACAAUGGGGUGCCUCCUUCUGCCAGAAGUAGGCCCCUGCCCGUGGAGAUCACAUCUGGAAGGGGCUCCCAGCAGCCGUUCCGGGGCCCUCCAUCCUCAGCCCUGAGGGCCAGUAGACGCCCCCGGGCACGGCCCCCCUCGGAACACAACACAGAAUUCCUUAACGUGCCUGACCAGGGUGUGGCAGGCAUGCAGAGAAAGCGCAGCGUGGGGCAGCGACCUGAGCCGGGCGUUGGCCGACCCAAGCCCCAACCUCGGAUGCAUGGCCCGCGGUGCCGGGCACUGUAUCAGUACGUGGGCCAAGAUGUGGACGAGCUGAGCUUCAACGUGAACGAGGUUAUCGAGAUCCUCAUGGAAGAUGCCUCAGGCUGGUGGAAGGGCCGGCUGCACGGCCAGGAGGGCCUCUUCCCAGGAAACUACGUGGAGAAGAUCUGAGAGGGGGCCCAGAUUCUGCCUCCUGCCUGCCCGCCUUUCUGCCGGGGAACCAGGCCCCGCCGGCCAGGGCCUCACUUUCCUUGGCUGCAUUAGCCAGAAGGUCCUGCCCAGUGGCCUCCAGCCCAGCCUAACGCAGGCCCUGGGUCUGGGGGUCACCACCGCAGCCCCCCCAGGGCCCCGGCCUCCCCCAUGUCACACACGUUGCCUCCUGUGUCAAACAGGGCUAACAGCAUGAAUCUACCUCCCAGCUGCCUUGUGAGUAUAAAUGAGUAACGUCCUGUCGGCAAAGUGCCAAGCACAGUUGGGGACACCUUGACAAGCAAGACUCCCCUUCUUCUGUCAUCACUAAGGCAAUAAACAUAUGCCAGGUGAAA